AUGUUCAGGUCUACGAGAACGACCGAUCAGUGGAGGGCGGGGGAGAGACUCCAAUGCCCAGCGGGCCAUGCGCGGGCGGCGCUUGCGCGAACCGCGGACGGGGGGGCGGUCGGGCCAUUUAAAUGUGUGUUUGUGGGUGAAAUGGCUGCGCAGGUCGGAGCGGUUCGCGUAGUACGGGCGGUGGCGGCGCAGGAGGAGCCGGACAAAGAGGGGAAGGAGAAACCCCAUGUUGGGGUUUCGCCGCGGGGAGUGAAGCGGCAGCGCCGGGUGAGCAGCGGGGGUUCUCAGGAGAAGCGGGGGCGGCCGAGCCAGGAUCCCCCUCUCGCUCCCCCUCAUCGGCGGCGUCGUAGCCGCCAACAUCCCGGGCCGCUGCCUCCAACGAAUGCCGCCCCAACCGUCCCGGGCCCUGUUGAACCUCUGCUCCUGCCGCCGCCGCCGCCUCCGUCGCUGGCACCGGCCGGGCCCGCUGUCGCUGCCCCGCUCCCGGCCCCAGGCACCUCGGCCCUCUUCACCUUCUCGCCCCUGACUGUGAGCGCGGCCGGGCCCAAGCAUAAGGGCCACAAGGAGAGGCACAAGCACCAUCACCACCGCGGCUCCGAUGGUGACCCCGUCGCCUGCGUUCCGGGCGAUCUCAAGCACAAGGACAAGCAGGAAAACGGCGAGAGGAGCGGAGGGGUGCCUCUGAUGAAGGCCCCCAAGAGAGAAACAGCAGAUGAAAAUGGUAAAACCCAGAGAGCUGAUGAUUUUGUCUUGAAGAAAAUAAAGAAGAAAAAGAAAAAGAAACACCGAGAAGACAUGAGAGGAAGACGCCUUAAAAUGUACAAUAAGGAAGUACAAACCGUCUGUGCUGGCCUGACCCGCAUCAGCAAAGAAAUUCUCACCCAAGGACAGCUAAAUAGCACUUCAGGAGUUAAUAAGGAGUCCUUCAGGUAUUUGAAGGAUGAACAGCUGUGCCGAUUAAAUUUGGGCAUGCAAGAAUAUCGGGUGCCCCAGGGAGUACAGACACCUUUUACAACGCACCAAGAACAUUCUAUUCGCAGAAAUUUCUUAAAAACAGGUACUAAAUUUAGCAACUUUAUUCAUGAAGAACACCAGUCCAAUGGUGGUGCUCUUGUCCUUCAUGCAUACAUGGACGAACUCUCAUUUUUGUCUCCAAUGGAGAUGGAGAGAUUUUCUGAGGAGUUUCUUGCUUUGACAUUCAGUGAAAAUGAGAAAAAUGCUGCCUACUAUGCUUUAGCAAUAGUGCAUGGAGCGGCUGCUUAUCUCCCAGACUUCCUGGACUACUUUGCUUUUAAUUUUCCCAACACUCCAGUGAAAAUGGAAAUUUUGGGCAAGAAAGAUAUUGAAACAACCACCAUUUCAAAUUUUCAUACUCAGGUCAACAGGACAUAUUGCUGUGGUACCUACCGAGCAGGUCCUAUGCGACAGAUAAGUCUUGUUGGAGCAGUAGAUGAAGAAGUUGGUGAUUAUUUCCCAGAGUUCCUAGAUAUGUUAGAAGAAUCACCAUUUCUGAAAAUGACUUUGCCCUGGGGUACACUUUCCAGCCUCCAACUACAAUGUAGGUCUCAGAGUGAUGAUGGGCCUAUAAUGUGGGUGAGGCCAGGAGAGCAGAUGAUCCCUACAGCAGAUAUGCCAAAGUCACCCUUCAAAAGACGACGAUCAAUGAAUGAAAUUAAAAAUCUCCAGUACCUACCUCGGACAAGUGAACCCCGAGAAGUCCUCUUUGAAGAUAGGACAAGAGCUCAUGCUGAUCAUGUAGGUCAGGGGUUUGACUGGCAGAGUACGGCUGCUGUUGGGGUUUUGAAGGCUGUACAGUUUGGUGAAUGGAGCGAUCAGCCUCGCAUAACCAAAGAUGUGAUUUGUUUUCAUGCUGAGGAUUUUACUGAUGUUGUACAGAGACUUCAGUUGGACCUUCACGAACCUCCAGUUUCCCAGUGUGUUCAGUGGGUGGAUGAAGCAAAACUAAACCAAAUGAGGCGAGAAGGCAUUCGCUAUGCUAGAAUUCAGCUUUGUGACAAUGACAUCUACUUCAUCCCUAGAAAUGUCAUUCAUCAGUUCAAAACAGUGUCAGCAGUGUGCAGCUUAGCCUGGCAUAUAAGGCUUAAACAAUACCACCCUGUUGUGGAAACCGCUCAAAACACAGAGAGCAAUUCCAACAUGGACUGUGGGUUAGAAGUUGACUCCCAGUGUGUGAGAAUAAAAACUGAAUCUGAGGAGAGAUGCACAGAGAUGCAGCUUUUGACAACUGCUUCAUCGUCUUUCCCACUUCAAUCAGAACUUCAUCUACAGGAUCUGAAGACCCAGCCUAUUCCAGUUUUCAAGGUGGAGAGCAGACUGGACUCUGACCAACAACACAGUCUGCAGGCACAUCCAAGCACUCCUGUGUGAUUAUAUCCGAUUUCCCCAUCUCCCACUUGCCAUCCAGCAGAUGCCAUCCUGUCAUCUAAGCUGGUCAUUACUAAUAAACAAGGAGACUGUCUCCUGACAGCCAGCACUGUGUAAUCACUCAGGAACCAGCGGAUCUGCAAAGACCUACAAUCAAACGCAAAUCUCCAUUUUCCUUUUACAAAACAUUCUACCCUCACCUCCAGUAUAAACAUAUUAAAAGAAUAUAAAAAUGUUGAAAAUCAUGUACUAAUGAAGUCAUUGUAUAUUAGAUUGCAAUAGAAUGGAAAGAAACAUUUAGCUAGUAAUGUAUCUGGAAACCCUGAAUGUCCUAUGUGAGUAUUAGAUUUUGAUAGCAUGCUUUAAAGACUGAUGAAUAUAAAAGCAGAAGCUUUGAGUUUCUUGCUGCUUUCAAAACUAUGUCCUAGUUGAGUGAUACAAAUGAUGGCAACUUUUCUAAAUCAUUAAACUAUCUGGUUGGUGGGGUGAGGCAUGCAACAGCCUGGCAUCCUCUGGUUUGAAAAGUAGCGGUGGCAUUGAAGUUGUAACUGCAAUGGAAGCUGAUCUUCCUUUCUGGUAUGUUAUCUGUUGUGCCAACCCUUGAGAUUACUUGCAGAAUGUGGCUAUACAUUUUAGUACUUUGUGGAUCAGAGGGAUAUUUUAAAAAUAUGCUAAUCGAAAGGACCUAAUAAAUUAUUAUUCCUAGCAGCAAAUAGAAUGAUUUUUAUGGUAACUGUUAAAAGGAUAAAUGUCUUCCCCUGUCCCAGAGGUCAUUCUAUAAUAAUCAGGAUAGGAUAGGAGUUAGGGUUACGAUUCUGAGAGGUGUCCCAAAUUCAUAAAGCAAUAAUAACCUGUAUAUUGGUUCCCUCUUCCAAAGUUUAACUCUUGAAAAAUGAACUCUUAGGCUUAAUUGUACUUUGCUUAUUCAGUACUUACAAAUUUUAUUGGUACAUUAUUUUUAUUGUAAGACUUUUGGAAAGUGCCCUGUACCCUCAGAAACAGUUGGACUAUCAGUUCACAAAUACUACAAGCUCUUGUAUGGGGAAAGGAGCUUAUUUGAAAUCAUUUGCUAAACUUUAGGAAACGAUGUAUCAGUCUUAACAGGCAUAAAGAUCUCACCUAAUGACUUGAGAAACUUUUGCUUAUUGCUUCCCCCCCUGUAUAAAUAUUGUCUAGAAGGAAAGUUAAUAUAGGAACAAGACUUCAAAAUCCACAAAAAUAUGUUCCUAGUGAAUAUAUCCUUUAUCAUUAAUAUUAACCCAUUAUUUUUUCAUCUGUAUUUGCCUUUUAAAUUUAUUUGCAUCAUUAAGGAUAAUUAGAAUUACUGUUUGUUUUUCUAAUAAAUCAGUUCCAUCCUUUCAGUAGCACAUGCCAGAGGUUCACAUUUGUGCUAAGUUUUGUGUUUUCAAGACAGUCUGUAGCCGUACUUACUGGUCAUGCAAGUAGAGGAGAUACACAACACCAGUGUUUUUCUUAAGUGCAUAAAGGACUUAUCCUCAUCCUGAAAGUCUGUUGCUUUAAAAGCAAGUAUCCAUAAUUAUUAUGGCCUUCCAUUUAAAAAAUCUUCAUAAAUUUUUUAGGAUCCACUUGUGCAUGUAGUUGAGACCACUGUCUCUUAAAAUAUAGCACUUUUCAAUUCUCUCUGAAGAAAUACUUAUGUACUACUAUCACACGUUGUAAAUUUUCAUGUAAUAGUGUUUUCUGUGACUAAACUUCAUUUUGAUUGGCAGCUAAGACUUUUUUUCCUGUGGCUUUAAUUUAUCUAAGAGGUCUUUGCAUAUAGAAAUGUUUAAUUUGCCUGGCGGACUAUUUGCGUUUGUGUGGCCUUAGUUUGUUUAUUGACAUUAACAAGUGUUUAAAAAGGUUUUUAAUGAAUAGUCUUAAAUCUAAAUUUGUGUGAAUAAUAAUUCUUUUAACACAGUGCUUUUUGUAGCUGUCUGAGUGUGUUAAAUUGUUAAGCUAUUUCUUUGUAAAGUAGGACAAUGGAAUGCAUAGGUUUUUUUUUUCCUGUAAAGUAUUUUUUUAAUAAACAAAGUCUGAUUUGUCCUUUA